UCAUGAGGAACAAAAGCUGCCCUCAGCUCACACUCUGCUUCCUGCUCAUGGCCGCAGAGUGCCUUGAAGCAUCCACCUUACAAAAGAGUUUUACACUUAUAAGACGAGGGACAACGUGGACUGAGGCCAGACUGUACUGCAGGCAGAAUAAGAUUGACCUGAUUCCUUUGAACAUUGCAAAAAAGCUGCUGUCUACAUGGUCGGUGGAACAUCCUGUCAAACAAGUUUGGAUUGGUGCACACACAGACCCCAAGGUUCCCUCAGCCUGGAAGAGCGUAAGUCUGAGGAGUGGAGGAGAUGAAACAAUGUGGGCACCGAGUCAUCCAGAUGAUGAAGACUGUACACUUUUUAAUAAGGACACAGGACGGAUAGACGGCAGAGCAUGCUCCACAUCUCUUCCUUUUGUCUGUUUUGGAGACAACCUGGUGCUGGUGAAGGAGAACAAGACAUGGGAGGAUGCACUGCAGCACUGCCAUGACAUGGGAAGUCGAUGUGACAGCGGGGGGCCGUGCGGGUUCACCUUCGGACUCCUGACUCUGAAAAAGCUGGCUGACUACAACUAUGUCAGAGACAGGAUCUACAAUGCAGACACAGAUGAGGUGUGGACAGGUCUGCGCUUCCUGGCAGGAGGCUGGUUUUGGCUCGAUGGAGAGAAGGUGGAGGACGAGGAGAAGCUGCCUCGCUGUCCGUCUGAGUGGAAACACUGCGGGACAGUGUCCAAAUUUGACUCCAAUAACUGGAUCACCAGGGACUGCUCUGAAAAAAUAAACUUCAUCUGUGUCAGAAGUAAAAUUCCAGAAUAAAGAGAACAACUUGAAGUUUGAGAUAUACAUCAAGAUCUGAAUUUAAAGCGUUGUGUUUAAUUGUUUAGGCCAGUUUCAACUUGGUUAACAGACUGACUAUACUCCAUAUUCUGUAGUUAUUAAGUUUGUUGUAAUUUAUAUAUUUUGAACAUUUAGAUGCUCAGGGCUGUAUCUUAUUUUCUUAUUGUAACCAAAGCGUGAGAUAUAAUAUUACACAGAGAGAUGUCAUUGACUUGUGUACUUUAAUUAAAAACAUGUUUAUGGAGAGAAAAAAAAACUAUUUUCUGUGUGGAGUUCAAACAUUAGAAUCAUUGAAUAACCUGUGCUGUAGAAACUAAAAUGAAGACAUUAUAUCAGAUAUAAUUACUCUGUUUAUCUUAUGUGAUAAGACA